CACAAUCGAGUGAUCUACGGCUUGUUCCUUUUACAGUAACAGCUUCUGAUCCAUUCUACUUUGCAAGCAAUUCCAUUGCUCUCUACGAAUCAAAAUAAGAUAGUUUCUGCAGUUAGUGCAUGUCUUUUGUUCCCAACCCGACGCAGACUAAUGCGUCUUCUACCCCCAACAACAAUGGUACUAGUACCAGCGCCAACCAGGUAGUUGCCGUUGCCGCUGGGGCACCCGCCCCAGAGGUCUCCGACCAUGAUCUCAUCUUCAAGAUCCGUACUUUCGAUGUCUUUUGGGUUGACAAGACGGCGCUCAUGUACAAGGAUGGUAUUGCCAAGACGUUCGACAAGGAUACGCGCAAGGCAUUUAUUACCAUCAAGCAGCGUUCUUCCAUUCCUAUCAUUCUCCGCGAUAUGGCGCCACCGGAGGGUUCCAUCUUUGACCCUGCCAAAAAGUGGGAUGAGGAAAAGUAUCGCCGUCUCCGUGCGACCCAGGAAGCGGCGGAAGAGGAAGCUGCCGCUGCGGCGGCCGAAAAGGACAAGAAGAAAAAGAAGGGCGGCGAGAAGAAAAAGUCGACCGCUGAUUCCAUCAAAGAAAAGAACGCGGUGGAGAAGCUCAAGAAAGACCACGAACGCGAUUUGCAAAAGCUCUCCAACCUCGGUACCCUACGGGCUCUCCAAGAUACAUCGUGCGAAACAACCAACGGAAAGAUUCGCCGGAUGAUGAAAAUGCUUCACAUCGCCGUCUCCGACCUCCGUAAAGGUGAAGUUCAUUCGAGCGAGGCCGAAGUUCUCGACAUUCUCUGGGCAUUGGAAGAAAUGUCAUCCUUUCAGGCGGCGAUGAACGAGAUCUCGGACGAAAAGUUUGCCAAGAAGGAAGCGAAAGAAUCCGACAAGUCAGACAAAAAGUCUUCUACAAAAAAAGAGAUUAAGAAGGACAAAAAACCGACAAAGAAGGAUCCUAAAACCGAAAAGACGGACAAGAAAGUCGAGAAGGUUGUUCUUAGUACCGAUGCACAGACAUUGAAGAAUCUACUGAAGGAAGGCUACAAGGACUCGCUAAAAUACGCCCGUGGCCUCCUGAACGGGAAAGAAAGCUUGAUUUCCUUUCAGUUGAUGGAAAUGCCGGAUCGUCUUCCCCCUUUGUCUCGGUACAACCGUCAAUUCAAACUUGAAGAUUGGCAAUGUGAUAUUCUCCAGGCCAUUGAUGAUCGCCAGUCUGCCGUUGUUUGUGCGCCAACAUCAUCCGGAAAGACUUUGCUGAGCACGUAUACAUGUAAGAACGCCAAAGGUACAGUCCUUUUUGUUCUUCCCAGUGAAGUCCUGGUGUGGCAAGUUGCUUCCACGUAUUAUCAGUUCUUCAAAGGAAAUGUCACGGUAUGCACGGAUCAGAUAACCUUCCAAGAAGUCACCGGUGAUGCACAGGUGUAUAUUGGAACUCCCAAAGCUUUAGAACGAAGCAUCAGCAAAGUUCGAGGUGUUGCUGGAGAGGAAAUGACAAAAGGUGAACGAGAGUUCAUGGUAUUGGAUGGUGGCUAUCAUCAAUUUGAUUAUUUAGUUCUUGACGAGGUCCAUACCUUGAAUGGGCCUGAAGGUGAUGCUCUUCAGCGCAUCAUUAAGGCUUGUAACUGCCCGGUGCUAGCCUUGAGUGCCACUAUUGGAAAUGCGAAUCAGCUUCGAAACUGGUUUAGUACCGUUCGCAACGAUCAUAUCGACGCUUUGGCUGUUGAUGUUCCCGAAAAGCCCGAAGAAGUCAUUCUAAAGGAGCACUUCGCCCGCUUCAUAAACUUACAGCGCUAUGUUAUUGCCGAAGCCGAAGGGAAAGAUGGGAAACUUAAGCAAAAGCUUGUCAAGCUGCAUCCGGUUGCGGCCAUGACUCCUGAUCGUCUCAAGAAUCAGCCCGAAUUGAUUGGCGGUCUUUCCAUGACUCCGUCUGAUCUCAUGGAUUUAUGGAAGCGCAUGCGGGCGAUCUUCCCCUCCACUGUCCUCGAAGAUCUUGACGACCCGGACAAAUUCUUUGCUCAAUACGUUGAUGAAAGCAAACGUGUCACGUUGAAUCAGACAAAGGAAUACGAGACUCGUCUAAAGACACGCCUUGCGGUGCUGGCUGAAUCCCAUCCCGAACUCUUUGAACGCCUCCGUAAGGCUCAGCUCCCCCCACCAUUGACUGCGAAGGAGGAUGUUAGUGACACUUUGUACGGUAUUCUCGAACAGCUGAAACAGAGCGAAUUGCUUCCUGCUGUUGCUUUUCAACUGAAUACGUAUGGAGCAUUUAACAUGUUCAAGACUCUCUUACAUCGCUUAGAGAGUGAGCAGGUAGCAGAAUUUCCGAGCUAUCGCAGGGACUUGAUUGAACGAGCUAAGAAAAAUGCGCAGAUGCGAAAAGUUGCUGCUGGAAAGGCCAGCCGCGAAAACGCAGCCGAGGCAGAGGAAGAAGCGAAACAAGGGUUUGUGGAUGAGUCGCUUCUCCAAGAGGAUACAACGAAACCACACGACAAAUACGUUCUAGCUGCUGCAGGAAAACGUCUCGGUUACAACGAGGUCGAAGAUAUCAUUGCCGACAUGAAGAAAUCUGGCGAACGCGUCGAUAUCAACCACGCUUUGAUUCGCGGUCUUCGUCGUGGAAUUGCCAUCUAUACAAACGAAGUUGGAUUCUCAUGCUAUCGCCGCCAAGUGCAGAUGCUUGCUCAAAAGGGCCGGUUAGCGGUUGUAUUCUCUGACGAUGCCCUCGCUUACGGUGUAAACAUGCCGUUUCGGACUUGCAUUUUCUGUGGUGAUAUGGGGGACGCUCUUACGCCUCUUAUUGCGCAGCAGAUGCAAGGUCGAGCUGGUCGACGUGGCUUGGACGUGCAGGGUAAUAUCUUAUACCUCGGAAUGGACUGGCCAUACAUUGAAAACCUGAUGCUGGGACAGAUCAGUCAAGUUACCGGUAAGGAACCUCGUUAUCCUUUGAUUGUUCUCCAGCAAGCUCUCGCGGCUUCCAACGAUCCUGAUGAUACAAAGCACUUCAUCCAUGACGACGGAGUAUCUCCUUUUGCCAAUGCAGUACGUCGCAUUCAGAGGAGCCAGCAUUGUUUCCCGACGGUGACGGAAGAGCAGAUGGAUUGGAUGUGUAAGACGAGCCUCGAAGACUUCUGCAAAGGGGCUGAGACAGAUCACUAUCGCGAUAUGUCGACGACUGUCGUGAAAGGGCUUGGAUAUGUGCACGAUGACCUUACGUUGGCAAUGGAUCACAACGUACUUUGCAUGGUUUGGGAGCUUCACGAAUAUUUGCCUGAGGCUGUACAUCUGUGUGCCGUACUCGAACAAAUGUACAUUCGUUUCUGUUACAACAAGACGAAAAGCUACAAGGAAAGUGACUCGACCCAGAAUGAAUUUUUGUCUGUUCUUCUUCAUGUCGUGGACCGUGUUCCAGCGAAAGAAGGGGAAGAAUCCCUCCAGCAGAUCCUACGUGUUUCACAAUCUGAUGAUGGUAAAGCGCUGAAUGAAGAAGCCCGAGCAAUGUGGCUUGAAACUGAGAAGAUCCUAUGUGAGCAACAGGCUUUGAUAGACAGUCUGAAUGUUGAUGAAAGUGAGAAAAACAAGCUUGGCCUCAUCAUUCCUGCAGCAAAUGAAGUAGACAAUGCUGGUGUUCCUUUGGAUAAAGGCGUCUACGAAAUGCUCGUUCUGAAGCAGAAGGGUUUCUCUGAAGAACAAAGUACAUCGCGCAGAAACGAAUUGAAGAAUCGUAUUGUGCGUCUGGGUCAAAUUUGCCAGAUUACUCACAACUCUAUUCAGCAACCACACGGAAAAUAUGACGCUCUUGAGGUGCACUUUCGUCGUAUGUUUUCUAACAUCAAGUACAGCGUUGCGGAUAUGAUGAAUCAAAUCUCGAACCAGGAAGAUUUGACGGAAGUCUAAUCGGAAAGCUUGCUUCCCUAGUAGAUAGCAUUAGUGACCCUAUUGACUGCAAAUGUAUAUAAUAUUCUCUUUAGUACUUGC